AGGAUUUGUUUCCAUUAUUGUGUGUGUAAACCCAAAGGGCGUUCAGCCCUACCUCCAAACUGGCGCGUGGCGCCUGGCGAACGAAGCUGACCAGAGGGCAUUCCAAUGGCGGCGCCGUGUGGCCUGCGGCUUGCGGCCUGGGUCACCUGCGCUGCGGCGUGCAGCUCGGGCCAAAGAAGGUGGAUCCGUCCUGCAACUGGUGCUACUUACGGAGCUGCCUGGUGGAUUUCGAGCAAGACUUUUGCCUGGCCACCUGCAACAGUCCCUCCGUGGCAGAUGGCAUCGACUGGCAAAGCUCGCAGCACAUGCUGCAGGAGGCCGUUGGGGUGUGGCCCAGCCUGACGACUGACUCGGCGGAGUACCCGCAAUGGCACGGCCUGCUGACGGACUGCGUGCAGAACGCCCAGACUUGCGAGGGCGCCGCGCUGACGGCGGAGCUGUUGCUGCGAGCUCCAAUAGACGACCCGGAGAGGAGCGCAAAGGAGGAAUACUCCAGCUGGGCGGCAAGGUGGUUUCUUUCACUCCCGGAUCCCAGCGUGCUGGUUUUGGCCGGCUGGCACGUGUUCUUCGUUGCCCUGCAGUCCGCCCUGGGCACGUGCCAAGAAGCCCCGGACCACCCGGCCCUCACGCUGCUGCGCCUCGCCUCGGAAGCUUCGGAGACCUUCGGCUGGCGCAGGGCGGUGCGACAGCGACUGGUGAAAGACCAGCUCCGUCGGGGCUUUGAACUGCUCAAAGCCGUGCCUGGUGCCUGUGUGGUCCAGCGCGCAGUGCAGAUGGUUCAGGGGCUGGCACGCGACGGGUUAACUCUCAAGACGGCCUUUGCGGCCCAUCUACCUCCACCCGUCUCGACCCUUCCGGGCCCUGCGGCGAAGGCGGUGGGGGUCUGCGUGGUCGGCCAGCCGCGGGCGCUGCUUCGGUGGCCAGAGCCCCUACUGAGCCAACUCUUCCAGGCGCUCUGCCCGCUGCCUCGCAUGCGGAUCCUUUUCGUGCUGGCCGCGCAGCCCAGCCUGGGACUUCACUCAGAGGCUGCAGAGCCGCUCGAGGCGGCGCUUCAAACGGCGCUCCAGCAUGCGCGCUGCGGUGAGAGGAUGCUUCCGGCAGAGCUGAGCUUGGACUUGCACGACGACCUUGAGGAUGAAGAGAUCCAAGGCUUGGUGGAUGCCUACCCAGCAGAGGCCUGGUGGCACCAGGAGGGCUUUGGGCGCACCAAGUGGGUGCGCCAACUGCAGAGCCUCGCCCGCUGCCACCAACUCGUGGACGGCGAUUCAGAUGGCCUGGAGUGGAUGCUGAUUUUACGACCCGACGAUUUGCUCCACAUCGUGCCGGUCCCCGCCGUGUCGCGCUGGGAGCCGCCCGAAGGCGGCGCAAGCCGCGCACGCCGCGUGGUCUUGGCCCACAGCGGCCGCAGCAAUGUCUCGCCGCAGGCGGGCUAUUUGGAAGGCCUAGACCGGGCCAUGGUACUGGGGAGAUCUGCCGCCGACGCGGUCUUGCGACGGCCUUUGGAGGUGCUGAGCAACGGCAGCUGGGUGGCGGCGCACCCCAGCUGCCUCUCCUGCCCGGCCUGGCGCUCCCCAGGCGUGAAGCUGGGCCCUGAAAAGCACCUCGCCAACGUGCUCUACGACGCGGAGGUGGAGCUGAUGCUGGAGGAGACCUGGAUCCAGCCACUGGUGCUCUCAGAGCGCGGCUGUGUGAACUUCCGACCCUGCGAGGGCGCCAGCUGCAAGUCACGGGAUGCGCUGCCGCGCUGGGCGCGGAGACUGGUGCUGGACCACACCUGCUGGCCUGCCAGUGACCCGCUGGCGGCCGAAGCCUGGGUCCAGGCCGCCGAGGGUCCGGGCGAGGUCUCUGGGCCGGCGGCAGCCUUCCUGCCGGAGAUCUUCCCAAGGAGAGCCUGGAGGCUUAGUCCUUCCAUCCUAUCAUUGGGCAACUUUCAAGCGCGCUUGCACCAAACGCUGGCCACGGGCACGUUGACCUCGACAACCUGCUGAUCACGGCGGUUUGCUCUUAGUCCAGCACGGACCGAGGCAUCACCGGUGCCUCGCGAGACCAACUGGGAGACGAGCUGCGACAGCUGGGGACCCGUGUGAGUCUGCCAGCCCCUUCGGCUGUAGCCCCGUGUUUUCUCCGGGGGGCGGACGGAACUCACGGGGGCGGACGGAACUCACAAGGCCCCUGCAAAUGUUGGCUCGUGCCAGGCCAAUGCGUAGCGGCCUGGUAGAGCUGUAUAGGUCCUGCAAGCCAAAGCUGGCCAGAUGACUGGGGGGUAUAUACAUGAAUCCGACCUGAGCGCAGUGCUUGACAAAAUCGGGCACAAUGCUGGCGGGCAUGGCAAUCGCGAACUUUGCAGUGAC